AUGAGAGGAGGGGGUAGUGGCCCACCUCCUUGUCGAGAGAUGGGCAUUGCUGUAGGAGGAUUGAUUGAGCAGGCCAUCUUCCGCGAUCCUUACCCUGCUGCCGCGUGGAAGGCCGCUGCAACGGUCGUUUUCAACGUGCAGAUCCUUAACUCGUCCACAUUCGAAGCUAUCACAGGCACCCCGGCCUCAGACACUCCGAUUACCUUAGAUACCUAUACCGAGCUCGGCCUUCCGUUCUUUGAACUCCCCGAAGAAAAGAGCGACAUACAUGGGCGUAAAGACUUGAAAUAUCGGCUGGAGAGCGCGAUGGUCUGA